CGCAUUCGGCCGUGGACCGCCGAUCGCGCAGCGCUUGUGUUACUCAGCUCUUGUGUCGUGCGCAACCUACAUCAACAUUGACGCCAUUGAACCACAUUGCAGAAAGAUCAACAUCAACAGAAAUGAUAGGUGAGGAAGAACGCUUACACCAAUGCGGGGAAUGCGGACUGAUGCUUUCCACGCGAAGCGCGCUAACUGCUCACGCGCGUUCGCACCGGGCAGCUGCUGAUGCACAUCGUUGCGACGUUUGCCAGAAAACUUUCGCCGUGCCAGCACGUCUACAACGCCAUUAUCGGACACACACCGGCGAGCGGCCUUUCGAAUGCGAAUACUGCCACAAGAUGUUCAGUGUUAAGGAAAACUUGCAAGUACAUCGACGUAUUCAUACAAAGGAGCGACCUUACCGAUGCGGCGUUUGCGGUGCGGCUUUUGAACAUUCCGGAAAACUUCACCGCCACGCUCGUAUUCACACUGGUGAGAGACCCCACGCGUGUCCGCAUUGCCACAAGACUUUUAUACAAUCUGGACAACUUGUUAUACAUUUACGAACGCACACCGGCGAAAAACCAUAUCGUUGCCCUGCCCCUGGCUGCGGGAAGGGAUUCACUUGCUCAAAACAAUUAAAAGUGCAUUCUCGUACGCAUACUGGAGAGCGUCCAUACACUUGUGACAUUUGCCUGCGUGAUUUUGGAUACAAUCACGUCUUAAAACUUCAUCGUUUCCAGCAUUAUGGAGAAAGGUGUUACCGUUGUACGGUUUGUGAUGGAACCUUUAACACCAAAAAGCAAAUGGAAGCUCACAUUUACAAGGAACAUGGAGCGGAAACGCCUAGAGCUUCGUCACAACAGUCUCCUCCGCCACUAGCGGUUAAUGGAAACAUGAUGUGUGACAUAGUUGAAGCUGCGCUACAGCAGUUACCACCCACACCACCGAGCUCCCCUCCUUCACCUCAGUGUCCAGUGGUGCCUGUUCCUGGGCCAACAAUGCCAGCCUCCCCAGUCAUGCCAACAUCCUCUCCUACGCCACCUUCUCCACCUCCAUCUGGUUUACACUGUUCGCUUCCUCAUUCUUCUCUUCCCCCUCGAAAGCGAAAGCUCAUUCUUCAACCUGAGGAAACGACCCCAGUGGUUCGUCACACAUCAGUAAUCCAAUUUGCCCCUGCAGCUGGUGAUGUUUCGUAGCAUCUUAAUGAUAAUGUGCUAUACUAAUGGUAAUGAACAUUUGAAAACGUUUUUUAGCUAUAAGUUAUUAACUGUAAGGCUGUAUUAGAAUCUGCGUAAAACUAGUGCUAUUGUGGAGCAAGUUGUUAAAUGUUAUUAAUAUGAUAAAGAAAAGGUGAUUUUAUCAUUUACUAUGUAUGAUCUCUGAUUAUAAAAAUGUGGAUAAGACACAUUUUCAAAAUCAUCUCAAUGUAAAUGUGCUUUAUAUCAUGAUAUUUAUGAUAAUAGUACAGAUAAAGCAGCAGGCAUUCUAAUUACCCUAAAAAACUUUAUUGAAGGAUAUGACGAGUGAUUUGUAGUUUACCUCUUCUAUCUUGUAUCAACCUAAAUUUAGUAUGCUUUUCAAUCUAGCCUUAAGCUGCAUCUUGUUACGAUGGCCAACUAUACUUUGGAAUGCUGUAGUGUGCGUGUGUCUCGCUUUUAUGCUUAGAGUAAUUGUGAACGUAGUAAUGAAUUAAGACGGGUUUUCCCAAUAUUCAUCUAUUUUAUCUUAAAUUUAUUUGUUAAAUUUGAGUAAAAGUGCCUUGUACUAUAUUUUAGGAGAAUUUGAUAAUUCGUUGAUUGAUUUGUGGCAUUUUGGUCUUUUUGUAUGACUUGCAGCUGGAAUAAAUUCGUAACACCUUAUAGGCAUAUAUAAUAUGUUUAGUAAAUUACUGGUAAAUAUGUUUUUGUUUCAAAUUGUUGUGACAAUUUAAUAUAUUGCAUUUAUACCCGUCAUAAAAAUUAUAUGUAUAUGUACCUACUCUAUUUUUAAGAUUUUGUAUUUAUCUACUACGUGUUAUUAUAUUACAUGAUUAGUAUGCAA